GGGAUCUCUCUCACAAUCUCCACCCACUCACCUACCUACCUACCCCUCCCAUCCCUGGUGAAAUCCGGCUUUGCCUGGGUUAAAGCAGUCGCUGGCUUCCACACACACACACUCACACACACACACACACACACACACACACAUAUAGCGGUCCUGUGCGUUGCGCGGCCAAGCCCGGAGCGGAGUGAAACCGGUGCAAGUUGGUAUCUGGUCUGGCAGCCACUUUAACGGACUGGCGAGCCAGAGAGAGAGACAGACAGACAGACCUGGACCUGAAUCUCCGUCGCCGCUCCUGCGCCGGAGACUUGAGAGGUGGGUAGAGCGAUUAAUAAAGAGCCACUUUUUAUUCUCCAUCGCAUUUGACUGAUAGCGUGGGACGCCUCGCGUGUAUCAAUCCCUCUCCGAUUCCUGGGAUUAGUAUUCCGCUCUCUGCGGCGUCUACGCUGACUGCGCGUUUGAUUUGAGAGACCCUCGCUGGGGUUAGGAAUCAGUUCGAUCCCCUGCUUUUCCUCCCUCUGACUGUCUUCGAGGCUGACCAACCGUGGAGCCGUUUGCUAAGGGAAGAAGGAUACAGGGGAAUCCCACACCGCUAUUGAUCCAGUACAGGUGUCCAUUGUAUCGUCUCUUCAGUAAAGUUUAUUCUGCAAGAACGAGUUUGGCCUGCAGCAAGCAGCGACAUAUUUAUUAUCUCUGGACUACAGGCUGACAAGGGUGCCCGGGGCAAUUGCUAACGAGCCAAGUGGAACCGUGACUGUGCUCACCACAGUCUUUCCUCCCCCACUCACCUCCUACGGAGCAGAAGGAUGAAGCCCGGAGACGGCCAUUUUGGCUGUGUCCUCACCAUUGCCAUGAUCUUCCUGGGACUCGGCGUCGCCAGUCAGUCGGAAUCCUCGCUGUCGUUGCCCAGGCCCCGACCACCGAAAAUGCAAGAAGCUCAUCGACGCGUGAAGAGGGGCUGGGUCUGGAAUCAGUUCUUUGUGCUGGAAGAGUACACGGGAAUGGACCCAUUAUACGUGGGCAAGCUCCAUUCUGAUGUUGACCGGGGUGAUGGCUCCAUCAAGUACGUGCUUUCAGGAGAAGGGGCGGGUUCCAUCUUCAUCAUUGAUGAGAGUACGGGGGACAUCCACGCCACCAAGCGGCUGGACCGUGAGGAGCAUGCGUACUACGCUCUGCGGGCACAGGCUGUCGACCGCCUCACCAACAAACCCGUCGAACCUCUCUCCCAGUUUAUCGUCAAGAUUCAGGACAUCAAUGACAACGAGCCACGGUUUCUGGACGGACCCUACCUCACCAGCAUCCCUGAAAUGUCUCCUGUGGGGACCUCAGUGAUACAAGUGACGGCCACAGACGCAGAUGACCCAACCUAUGGAAGCAGUGCCAGGGUGGUCUACAGCAUUCUGCAGGGACAGCCAUACUUUUCUGUGGAGCCAAAGACAGGAAUCAUCAAAACUGCUCUCCCUAACAUGGACCGAGAGGCCAAGGAUCGCUACCUGCUGGUGAUACAGGCUAAAGAUAUGGUGGGUCAGAUGGGAGGCCUCUCUGGAACGACAUCGAUCACCGUCACUCUCAGCGAUGUCAAUGACAACCCGCCACGCUUCUCCCGCAGGUUUUAUCAAUACAACGUGCCUGAAUCCUUACCCGUGGCUUCUACUGUUGCGAAAAUAAAAGCUCUUGAUGAUGACAUUGGGCCAAACGCAGAAAUGGAAUAUCGUAUCAUUGAUGGCGAUGGCCUCUCUAUCCUUCAGAUUUCCACCGACAAGGAGACUCAAGAGGGUAUCAUUACGCUUCAGAAGGAACUGGAUUUUGAAAAGAAAUCCAGCUACAACCUGAAGAUUGAAGUCUCCAACGCAAACGUGGACUCGCGUUUCCAGCCGCUGGGGCCGUUCACCGACACGGCGUCGGUGAGGUUGGUGGUGGAGGAUGUGGACGAGGCUCCUCAAUUCAGCUCGCCACUCUACCGGAUGUCGGUGUCCGAGGCGGCGAGGGCAGGCACGGCCAUCGGCACGGUCUCUGCCCACGACCCCGACACGACCAACAGUCCCGUCAGGUAUUCCAUAGAUCGCAACACAGACUUGGAACGAUAUUUUAACAUUGACGCCAACACAGGAGUGAUCACAAUCGCUAAGUCACUGGACAGGGAGACGAAUGAGGAGCACAACAUUACAGUGUUAGCCAUGGAGAGCCAGAAUCCCGCACAAGUUGGAAGGGGAUCUGUUCUCAUUAGCUUGGUGGACGUCAAUGACAAUGUCCCUGAAUUUCCAAUGGAGUACGAAACAUUUGUUUGUGAAAACACCAAGCAUGGCAAGAUAAUACAGAAGAUCAGCGCCGUGGACAGAGAUAAACCACCCAGUGGACAUCACUUUUAUUUCUCCCUUGCUCCGGGGGCCGGUAAUAACCUUAACUUCACCGUGCAAGAUAACAGAGAUAAUACGGCGGCGAUCCUGACUCGGAGAGCGGGCUUCAGUCGGCACGAGCAAGCCGUUUACUUCCUGCCCGUGGUCAUCGUGGACAAUGGCGUGCCGCCGCUGAGCAGCACCAACACCCUCACCGUGCGCGUCUGCAGCUGCGACGACCAUGGCGCUGCCCACUCGUGCAACACCGAGGCCUUCGCCCACCCUGCCGGCCUCAGCACUGGAGCUCUCAUCGCAAUCCUGGCGUGUGUGCUGACUCUCCUGGUGUUCGUGCUCCUCAUCGUGUCCCUGCGCAGACGGAAGAAGGGGUCGUUGGUGUUCGACGAAGAGAAGGACAUCAGGGAGAACAUCGUGCGCUACGAUGACGAAGGGGGCGGUGAGGAGGACACUGAGGCCUUCGACAUGGCCGCUCUGAGGAACCUCAACUUCAUCCAGGAGGUGAAAACCCGUCGGGAUGUGACGCCGGAGAUCAAGCUCCUCUCGAGGACGCCGCGCAAGACGUCCCCGGACAACGUCAUCUUCGGGGAGUUCAUCUGGGAGAGGAUGAAGAACGCGGACGGCGAUCCUGGGGCUCCUCCAUAUGACUCGCUACAGACCUACGCCUUCGAGGGCAACGGCUCCGUGGCCGAGUCCCUCAGCUCCUUGGAGUCCAUCAGCUCCGCGUCAGACCAGAACUACGAUUACCUCAGUGACUGGGGUCCCCGUUUCAAAAAGCUAGCGGACAUGUACGGAAGCCCAAAACAAGGCGCAAACUCUUAAUUCCACCCGACUCAAAACAAUUGCACUGAUUUUGCUUUCUCGUCAGUUGCAGAACAGUCUUGGAGAGAAAAGGAAAUGUAAACCGAGAACCAUUUUUUAAAGAGUUUUUUUGCUUUGCCCCUUUUUAGGUGGUAACAAUAUCAUCUGAAUUACCAUGGAAAACAUUCAACGCAACCAGGUCAUGAGCAGAGUUCGACGUUUCAUGAUGCGAAGAGAUGGAGUGGUCGCAGUUCUUUGCUGCAAACAUUGUCUCUUCUGAUUUGUGCAGGAGAGUUUAUCUUUUUCUUUAAUUUACUGUACGUUGAUAUAUUUAUAUUAAUGAUCCAAAACCCA